AAUGUACCAAAUAAUCAACAAAGACACAGACAGCAAAGUCAACAGGAAGGAAGUCUUCAAUUGUAGGCUUUGUAACAGCUUUUUUGCAUUACUGAAUACCCCAAAACGGUUACAAAGUUGGGGAAAACACAACAAUUGCGGAUUCCUCUCAUUACCAUUUCUUUAUUACAUAUACUGUUUGUGUCUUCAGAGUGGAAAGGUUUUACAUGUUCUCACCCCUUCUUCCUUUUCUUUGUUUCUAUAUUUCCAUUUAUCAUAAUAAUUCUUUGUGCGAAAAAAGAAGAAGAAGAAAUUCUUCAGCGGCUUCGACAACCCAGCUGGUCUGUGGUCUUUCUUCUGCCUUAAUAUUAUAAAGUAAGGAGAUUGGUCGAUCGUUUGUGAAAUUCAGAGAGAAACCGUGGUUUGGAGGAAAUUUUUCGAUUUGGAGUUUUGCAGAAUUAGUAGAUGUUUAGAAUUUAGUGGAAGAGGUAGAAUUGGUGGAGAUUUUUAUGGAUAAACUAUGCUGCUUUAAUGGUGCCUAUUCUCAGCUAAUAGGAGGGCACUCAACAAGUGGCUCCGGUAAGGGGAGAAGCAAUCAGGGACCGAUUAAGUAUGGAUUUAACCUCGUGAAAGGGAAAGCAAAUCAUCCCAUGGAAGAUUAUCAUGUUGCUAAGUUUGUUCACAACAAAGGACAUGAGCUUGGGCUGUUUGCUGUUUAUGAUGGUCAUUUGGGGGAUAGUGUACCAGCUUACUUACAAAAGCAUUUGUUUUCCAAUAUCCUAAAGGAGGAAGAGUUUUGGACUGACCCCAAUAGAUCGAUUUCAAAAGCAUAUGAGAGGACUGACCAAGCAAUUCUUUCCCAUAGUCCUGACCUUGGACGUGGUGGGUCUACUGCUGUUACUGCAAUUGUCAUAAAUGGUCGAAAGUUAUGGAUAGCCAAUGUUGGAGAUUCACGGGCAGUUCUUUCAAGAGGGGGACAGGCAAUACAGAUGAGUACAGACCAUGAGCCCAGCACUGAAAGGGGCAGCAUUGAGAACAGAGGUGGCUUUGUGUCAAACAUGCCAGGUACGUCAAAACAAUCAUUGAAUUUUAAGUCUACUACUUCUCAUUCUUGUGAUUGUGAGGAAUAUUGGUUAUACAUGAAUUAAUUAUUUGGAAAAAGA